AGGUUAACAUAAACUCUGUCACAAGCUAUAGGAUGUAGUCUUUAUAUAUAUAUAUUGUCUUUAAAAUUAUGACAAAUUAAUAUGUGAUAUCAACCUUUGAGCGGAGUAUACUUUCUCUGAGGUGCAGCUGCAUGAGUGGCCUCAUUCAUUAUUAUUGGAUAAGAGCAAUAAGGAAGUAGUGACUUUACCAGUUAGACUUGCCCUCUCUCUCUCUCUGUCUGUUUUUUCUCCGCUUAUGAAAUAAGAAAUGCAUCAGGAGACGCGCUUCCUAAAAGACAGAGGGAUUUUUAGAGACGUCUUAGGAGAGAUAUUGAGUGGAGGGUUGAAUGGAGAUGGAGCGACGUAAGGACGCUCUCCCCACUCUCCCGGUGUGUGUUUGCGGUCAUUCCUCCGUCGGUGUCCCCCACACACGCUGCCUGAUGUCGGGCAGCAGCAGGGUUGGUUUCUGCCUGAGCGACAAGAAGCGCCGGAGGAUCAACCUGCAGGCUUUUGCAGACUUCUGUGCGGGCCAUGGAGUGGAAGUGGUGGAGAUCGACCUCACUCAGCCAAUGGGACCCCAGGGACCCUUUGACGUCAUUGUCCACAAGCUGUCUGACGUAAUCGUGGAGGCUGAGCACGACAGCCAUUCACAGCAGCUCCUCGCCAACUUCCAGAGCUUUGUCUCAGAUAACCCCAGCACAGUUCUUCUGGACCCGCUGCCCGCCAUGACCCAGUUGCUGGACCGCUUUGUAUCUUAUCGGAUCAUGAGCGAGCUGCACAAUUCACUCCAAGACUGGCAUGUCUGCAGUCCUCCCUACCUGGAGAUCCACAGUGCGGGCGAUCUGUCGUCCAUUCAACAAGCUGUGACCACGCUCAGCUUCCCUCUCAGUCAGUGCACCCUCUCUCUGUACCCCACCAACACUUCCUCUUUUUCUCUGUUGACCGUAGUUUGUAAAACCAGAGUGGCUCACGGCUCUCUCUCCCAUGAGAUGUGUCUGAUCUUCAGUGGGGGGGGUCUGGCAGAUGUUCGGGCUCCCUGUGUUCUGCAGAGCUUCGUUAAUCACGGAGCCGUUCUGCACAAAGUGUUCGUGGUGGGAGAGAGACACUUCUGCGUAGAGAGACCCUCACUCAAGAACUUCCAUCCUGGCCCCUGUGACAGGAAGACCAUCUUCUUCAACAGCCAUCAGGUGUCCAAGCCAGAGUCCAGCUCUGACCUCACAGCGCUGGACAAACAAAUGCCUCUCCUGCCCCCCCCCAGCUCUGAGGCGGUGGCGGCUCUGGUCAAAGAGCUGCGACUUCAGCUCGGCAUGGCUCUGUUCGGCGUGGACGUCAUCAUCAACAUACACACCCACACACUCACCGUCAUCGACAUCAACAUCUUCCCAGGGUAUGAAGGCGUGCCUCAGUUUUUCUCCGCACUUCUCAGCCACAUCCAGUCAGUGUUGGGCAAACAGACGGCCGUCUCUCCGGAGAAAAACCAGACUUCAGGAGCUCCGUCUGCUGCAGCGACCAGUCUGUAGACCACCUCAGGACCACAGCGAGGUUUAACAGCCUCACACGACAAAUCAACUCAAUGGUCUUGACUUUUCCAGUGUUUUUUUGGGGGACUAAACUCAAGAUUUUGAGUAAAAUGAGUUGAUUUUAAUCUCCUGUCAAUCACACUAAAUAUAAGUGAUACUCUAUAAGUUACAAACAGAAACUGACGAUACAUUAAUGGUAUAGUAUAUGUUUAUUGAUUGACAGGUAGCAUAGAAGAAGAUACAGCAGGCACAAAAUACAGCACUCUGAUUGGCCAGUAAAUAUUACAAAUGGUGUUGUUUUUGUUAUCCUGUUGUUCAAAAUGUCCUUUUUAUGCCCUUAUGCCCCCCCUCCCCCGAACAGACAUUUCCUACGUCUCUCUUGCUGGUUUUUUAUAAGAUUGUGGAAAACAUUUUUGCACUAAUAUAGAAAAAAAAGAAGAGUACAUUAGUUUUGCAUUUAUUAUUAAAGUGAACAAACACCUCAUCUUUGGAAUAAUCAGUGUUGACUGAUCGUGCGUGCGUGCGUGCGUGCGUGCGUGCGUGCGUGCGUGCGUGUGUGUGUGUGUGUGUGUGUGCUGUAAAUCUUGGCUGUGUAGAAAAAGAGAUUAUACCUGCUAAACGAGUAUUCUAUGAUGCACUUUGAUAACAUAUUAAAAUGCAUGAAAUCAUU